GCCCCUGUGUGCUGGCCUUCCCGUACGACCCCGGUGAAAUCCCAGCUCGUGGCAGCCAGGGAAGCAGCUGUGCCUUUCCCCCUCCUCGGGGCUUGUGCAAGAGACUGGCGGGAAGGAAGGGGUCAGGGAGAUGCUUGCUCUUGGCUCUCACCCUCAGCCUGCUAAUCCUGAGCUCUGCUUGCUUAACAGGGACCUUUGCUUGUCAGCUGCUCAUGCUGUUGGGUCCGGGACAAUCCUAUGCGCCAUGGGUAUGGGCUCAAGCUACAAGCGCCAGCACCGGGGAGGAUGCAUCUGCCUCAGUUGAGCAGACACGGGCACCCGACGGCCUGUCCCCUCCCCUUCCCACUCCAGCCCUCCCUUCCCAUCCCUUACAUAGCUGUCCUUCCCGGGUCUCCCCCAGCCCUUCCCCAGCCUGUCCUCUCACAUACCAGCUUUGCUGAGCUCUCAUCACUUCUCACGUCGGGGCCCAGCUGCAGCCAACACACCCCUGCCUCCUCUCGAGAGUCCUCGCUUUGCAAGCAAGUCCUGGGGCCUGCUGGGCAAGGGCUAGUGUGACUCAUGGCAGGCGUGUGACAGCGAGAGGGGCCUGAUCAGCUCCGGACACAAGUGGGCAGGGGAAAUGCUGCUUCCCGCGGGUGGGGAGGGAAAGGCAGGAGGUUAAAUUGUACAUGCAUCCGCUGGCAGUCGGUCAAAGCCGCCGCAGGGAACCCAACAGGCAGCCCCAAGCGCCUGCAGAUAACGAGCAUUGCUGCCUCCCAAGCGUGGCUUGGCCCGACUCUUCCCCCUGCAGUGUUCAGGGGAUCUGGCUGGGGGACGCGAGGACCACACUCCCGUCCAGGCCACAGGCCAGAGCCGUGUGUUCCCUGGCACCGUCCAACGGUCUGGUGUGCACGAGGAGUGUAGACCACCCCGUCAGGGUAAAUCUGAGGUCUGUUUUGGGCCUUUACUGGUCCGUGAUGUGGUAAAGGCAGGAGCUCUUGUCCUUACCCCCUGGGGCCUCCCAUGGUUUAACACUUCUAGUGUAGACGAGGUCCCAGCAUCAUCUCCGAAGGAAAUGGGGGAUGAGAGCAACCAAGAUGUUGAACUUGGGGAAAGCCCCAUCCCAUCUCUGCUAGGGCCCUGCAUCCACGGUCCGCAGUGCAAACCUCCCCCCCCGGGGCGUGAUCCUCGCUGAGCGGGGGCGAAGGUGCACCCCUUCCGGGGUGGCUGUACCAUGCCCCACGGGUCCAGGCAGCUCCGUGUCCAGGACCCCCCAACAAGGAAAGUGGUGCACCUUGCUGGCCAAGCCCAGCCUAACAGCAGCGCUCCCUCCACGGGCCUGUCACGACCCCCUCCUCGGGAGAUUCCCCUUGGCAGGAUUGCAUCCACGCACCCGAAGCCUAGGCCCAGGCAGCGUGUCCGUCCCUGGCUGCCGUGUUGCCUCGCAGGCCCCCGGUUGCCCCUGGGUCUCCCUCCACGUGGCACCUGCCUGGUCUCGGUGAUGGCUGCGUCUGUCCUGCUGGCCUCUGGCUGCCUUUCUAAGUGGCCUGAGGCACAUCCAGGCCUGCGCUGCUCCCAGCCCCUUGCACAGCCCGGAGAGGCCUGGGGAGCGCGGAGCCACAGGCAGCUUGGCAGCGGGCACCCUACGAUCCGCCCCGGCACGCGGGAACCUGCCACGUUGUCCGAGGCAGGGCUGUCAUGCUUCCGAUCUGCAGAGGUCGGGUUGCAUCCAACCCCCCUCCGCAACCGCUCCCUGCCGCGGGGACAGGUGUCGGCACGGCACCUACCGCGACCGCCUGCAGCGUGGAAGGGUUGCUGGUGUCUGCGGGCAGCUGCCCCAGCUUCCAGCUGCAGCUCCCUGGGCCCGGGUGCCUCAUGCUGGAGGCAGAGGGGCUUUACCUGCACGUGCCGUCACCCUUGGGAGGACGUGGUGAUUUGGGCAUCUUCAGCCGGUUGCACGGGGAGCCGAGCGCUCCCCUCGCCCAGCUGACACGCGGGGAAAUGCAGCCGCCUUCCCCUGCACUGCCAAUUGCCCAGCGGUGGUGGCACCGGCCUCUUUCCCCUGUGGAGAUGGAGGCAGUUUCUCGAUGCCUCUACAACAGGGUGAAAAGCUGCCCGCUCCCGAGCUGAAUUCCCAUAGCCCCAGGGAUGCCCCCCAGGGCCAGGUGCUGCCCUGCCAGCCCACCCGGCCAUUCCCAACAUGCGUGGUCCCACGAGCAAGGCACGUCCCCGGGGACACAUUGGUGUUGCUCCAAUGUGACCAUCGCAGCUUUGCUUCCCAGAUCCAGGGAGGGCCGACGAGGGCUGUCCUCUACCACCUGGAGGGGGCAAGCAGAGGCUCGCGUCCCCCGGGGAGCUGGAGAGAGGAUCCCGUUCGUGCUCCCCAUCUCCCUCCCGCGUUCAGGGGCCCAGGGCUGUACAGAGAUGGCCCUGUUCCUCCUCCCCGGCAGCUCGUCCUGGCCCUUGCUACCGGUUGUUCUUCCGAGUGUUAUUUACUGCUGAGCCAGGCAACCCGCGGCCCCGGGGGAGCAGCCCGCUGCUUGCUUUUAUUUACAGUUGUUUGGGGGGUUUUUACAGUGAGUUGUAGCAGGCCUUUUGCAGGCACCUCUCAGCUGGGCGCCACGUCAAGAAACAAGGGGUCGUGAGUGAGACGAGGGGGGAGAAGCCACCGGCGUACGUGCGACGGUGGGAAGGAGCUGCCAGGCCGCUGAGAUGCCCGUGCAAAGCGACUGGGACGCGUCCAGCGGGGCAAUCGAUCCUCUGAAAUUCUCUUUCCUCCGGCAUGGGAGCAAUAACCGUGACGGCCGAGGCUGCUAAGCCCCCCUUGCCGGGCUGGGAAUGCUCCCGUGGGCUUUCUGCCGUAACACGCUGUAAAACCGACGCAGCUGGGAGCGGAGGUGAGACGCAAUAAACCCUGAUGGAAAGUGCGACCGGCGGUCCCCGAGCGUAUCCGAGCAGCGCCAGCCAUCGCUCUGCUCGCACCGCGGUGGGCACGGGGGCCAGCCGGGCAUCGGGAGAGCAGGGGAGCAAAAGCCAAGUGCUCCCCGCAGCUCAUUUCCAGCGUGACAACUGGUGGCAGCCUGUAUGAGUCUGCCUGGGGGCCCACGUGAGCCAGCGCAUGUGGCGCAGCAAGGGGCUGGGCAGCCCGAGCCCGGCCCACGUAGGGCAUGAACCGCCCGUGAGCAGUCGGGGCUGCUCUUGGUUCCAGCCACGCUGCGUCCAGCGGGCCAUGCAUCCGUCCUCUUCCCCGUACAGACAAAAAUGCCCCACGCCACGUGGUUUGCAGCACGCACCGUGUCCACGUGGCUCUGGGCCUUUUUGAGACGCUCCUCUGGGAAGAGAGCCCGGCAUGCAGUUGUGCCUGGCGGCGCUGUGCAUUUGGGGGUGUUUCUUGUGCGUUGUGGGGCCCCGGCUGGUAUUCUGGGACCUGGGCGGGGGGCCAAGUGAGCCUCUUGUGCUAGGCCGUAAACCCCCGUGUCCAGGACCCUUUGCCACUGAGUUACGCCCCCUGCACCCUGGAUUUUACUCCGUGAUAGGGAGUGGACACAGCCGGGGAAGCGCUGUUGCAGGGCUUGACGGCUGGCUGGGCUGGGGGUGAGGAGGAACUUGCCCACCUUGUUUGUCAAGGGGCGCCUUGGCCCUGGCUCAAGUGGCUUACUCCAGAGCCGGGCUGGGCAUCGCGUACACCCCACUUCUCCCUCCUCGUGAAGCCAGAGCUCCCUAGGAGUGAGCGUGCUGCAUGUCUGCGCGCUGGUGUCAUGUCUGUGCAGCGCCUAGCACGGCGCCAGUCUGGCAGUGGGUCCGGUGUGGCCCCUGGCCCCUCCACACAACAGCAGUGGCAUGGGGCCUGCUUGGCUGCGCUGUGGGGGAGGACUCGUGCCCACGCUGCCCGCAUCCCUGCCUUGACGACACGCCUGGCUGCAACCGGCCGGUCUGCACGACCCGCCACGCUUCCUGGCACGGCCUCUUUCAUCCGAUCACACGCAGCUAACGGGCAGGGAAGGACCCAGGCCAACAGGGACGCGACCUGCCCUCUCCCACGCCAGGAGGGAUCACGGCGUUCCCAGGGCCCUGCCUGCAGGGAGGCAGCGUGGGCACGAGCUGCAGACCGCGCGGGACCCGUGGGUGCCUCCAGUCUCUCCUUGGAAGCCUCCAGGUAUUUAGUUUCUGUCCCUGUUUCCUCCAAGCGCUCGGGAAGCUGCUCCUACCGCACAGCACCCUGGCUGUGGCCCCGGGCACCGCUGGGCAGAGACGUGGCCCCAGCCUCAGGGGGCUGCGACGUGCAGGGAAGGCUGUGCCCCCUUCAGUCGCCUUCUCUGAUGUGCUCUCCCGCCUGUCUCAAGGCUGUCUCCCUCUUCCCCAUGGGAAACAAGUCGGAGCAAGGCUGCUCCAGGUCCCCAGCACCGGCCACCUCAACGUAGCAUCUGCAGUAAUAAAGCUUUGCCCUUUUCUCCUGCCCCGGCCCAUGGCCACGCAGACACGAAAGAAAUGUGUCAGGGUGUUUGCAAGCCGUCCUCCGGAGCGCUGGGUGCUGCUGGGGAUGGAGACCGGGCUGUGCCAGAGUCCAGUGCUGCGGGAAUCCUGUAUCCGGACUUCAGCACGGCUUUGGACAAGACCUCCAAAACAACUUGGAGAAAUGUGGGCUGGAUAAAACUGCUACCAGGUGCACAGAUAGCUGGCCCCAUAGCCGCGAGCCAAGGGUAAUUACUAAUGGGUCCACGGCAGGAUGGCAGCAGGUGUCGAGUGAAGUCCCACAGGUGUCUGUCCUGGGCCCGGUGCCGUUCGACGUGUUUAUUAACGAUUUGGAAAGCUUCUUGAGCAAGCUGGGGGACAACAAGAAACUGCGAAGGCCUGUGAACCUGCUGGAGGAUGCAGCUGCGAUUCAGGAGGAUCUCAACAGCCUGGAAAGCUGGGCUGGAGCUGCCAGGGUGAAGUUCAACGCAGGCAAAUGCAAGGGAGGAACCUGGGGAGGAAUAAUCAGCAUGGGCUGGAUGGCAUGAAGUUAGAGAGGGUCCAGAGGCGGGCGACAACGAUGAUCGAGGGCUUGGAAAGUGAGUCAUAGGAGGAGAGCCUGAAGGAGCUGGGCACGUUCAGCUUGCAGAAGAGGCUUGAGAGAAGACAUGAUCGCCGUCUUCAAAUACUCAAAGGGCUGCCACGAAGAAGAGGGAAAGUGCCUCCUCUCUUUUCCUGCGGAGGAGGAUGUGAACCAAUGGCUCGAUGUUCCUGCAAAGUAACUUUAGGUUGGAUAUCCCGAAACACGUCUUCACUGGUAGAGCAGAAAAGCGGUGGAAGAGAUGCCUGGGGAGGCUGUGGGCUCUCCACCGCUGGAGGCAUUCAAGAAAAGUUGGCCAGGCACUGAUCUAGGCGUAGCGAUGCCUACUUUCUACCCUGGUAUUUCCCAGGCGUCUGGGUUUUGCCGGUUGCUCCCCUCCGCCCCUUUUUUUUUGAGUUUAGAGGCUGGUUGGCACAGGGCUGAUCCUGCUGCAGGCGGCGCUUGGACUGGAGGUGACCUCUGGAGCUCCUUUCCAGGACGAUCCUGCCAGCCUGACUUCCCCAAGACGUGCGGCUCCCCAGGGCUACGUGAGCUGCAGAGUAGGGCCCUGCAUGCGCCGGUCCUGGGAUCCAGGCACCGUUUACUCCCGUCUGCACUGAAACUCCUGCAGCUCGGGGCGUCCGGCUUCCCGCAGCAGUGGGGUGACGCCCGGUGUACGUCCCCCCACGGCCCCUGGUUGCAGUCGCAUGGCUGGUCCGAGCCGAGGGGGUGGAUGGUGAUUUGGCCCUGUUUGGGUAGAGCCAGGGUCUGCAACUUAACUCCCACGUUUCUCCCUGCCAUAAAGCCCUCGGGUGAGCUGAUGAGUUACAGAGCUCACCCCCUUAUCAGCCAGGCCAAGCCCUUUAUUGCCUCUCUCGGUGGGUGGUUGAUCCGUAGCCAGGUCGCUCCGGGCAGUACCUGCCGUCCCUCACAUCCCACUCGGCUCGGCUCUCUGGUGUCCGCGCAAGCAUUUGUUCCUGGGGGAGCGCAGGGGCAGCGGGGUGGCAUCUCUUUCAUUCAGGCUCAUUAAAGUGCUGCGAUCCGGUGUCAGUAAAGCCGAGGAUGCUGUGGCCUCCAAGGUGAGGCCGAGUGGGAGGGAGAGGAAGGUUGCACGGGGAGUUGGCCGGAGCCCUUUCUAGAGCAAGGGAUGAUUCAGUGCAAAGCUAUGAGCCGUGCAAUCUUGGGAGCCCGGCAUGGGGUGAGACCAGUCCUGGCUGGUGCCGUUUCUUUGAAUGUUAUCAGCGACGGCUCACCUCUGCAGCAGGACUUCACCCCUCGGACACAUUUGGCAACAUGCCUCCAGGUCCAAAGGUGAGAGGAAGAGCCCUUAAAAGAGCCGGCCCCCGUUCUUUCGGACAGAGACGGCGUCCAGCCCGGGAUCCCCAGCCCAGCUGCAAAAUGCAACAUCUGGGCAGGCUGUGGACUUGGUCCUGCAUCUGCUUUGCCAUCCACCUGGCCGCUGCAGCUGCAUCCAUAGGUGAGGAACAAAACUUUUUGCCUGGGAAGAAGCCUGUCAUCUACCGCCACUUGCCUUUUCCAUGGGAAACGCGUCUCCUGGUCUGUCAGAGGCAUCGGGAGUUGUACCAGCUUGACGCUGUAUGUGGCUGCCCUUUAAGGGGGUGCAUCAAACAGUGGGGAAGGCUUUAACUAGAGAACGGGGGGCUGGAAAUGGGGUCCCUGCUGGAGACUGUGCUGCCCCUAACCAUACGCAGCGGCAGGGCCUUACCCAUCCCGUGCUGGUGGCUUGGCAAGAAGUGACCCAACGCCAGCAUUAAAGCAGACAGCCUGCCCUUGUCUCUUAGGAUGGUGGUCGCUAGUGGGUGGUAGAAGACCUCUGUAAAGCCAGAACGAGUCAGGGUUUGGGGGAGCUGGCUGCAGCCUCUGCUCACCUGCCCUGCUGGGAGGUGUGCAUUGUACCCGUGGGUCGUGUCCCUGCUGGGAGGUGUGCAUUGUACCCACGGGUCAUGUCCCUGCUGGGAGGUGUGCAUUGUACGCGUGGGUCGUGUCACUGCUGGGAGGUGCGCAUUGUACGCGUGGGUCGUGUCCCUGCUGGGAGGUGUGCAUUGUAUGCGUGGGUCAUGUCCCUGCUGGGAGGUGCGCAUUGUACCCGUGGGUCGUGUCCCUGCUGGGAGGUGCGCAUUGUACGCGUGGGUCGUGUCCCUGCUGGGAGGUGCGCAUUGUACGCGUGGGUCGUGUCCCUGCUGGGAGGUGCGCAUUGUACGCGUGGGUCGUGUCCCUGCUGGGAGGUGUGCAUUGUACGCGUGGGUCAUGUCCCUGCUGGGAGGUGCGCAUUGUACGCGUGGGUCGUGUCCCUGCUGGGAGGUGUGCAUUGUACGCGUGGGUCGUGUCCCUGCUGGGAGGUGUGCAUUGUAUGCGUGGGUCAUGUCCCUGCUGGGAGGUGCGCAUUGUACCCGUGGGUCGUGUCCCUGCUGGGAGGUGCGCAUUGUACGCGUGGGUCGUGUCCCUGCUGGGAGGUGUGCAUUGUAUGCGUGGGUCAUGUCCCUGCUGGGAGGUGCGCAUUGUACCCGUGGGUCGUGUCCCUGCUGGGAGGUGUGCAUUGUAUGCGUGGGUCAAUACGGAGCCAUGGUAUUGAUAGGACUGACUUGAGAAACACCAUUUGCUCCAAGCCCCCCUGGCCAUUGCCUAGCCCCUUAGUGCACAUAGAAAAGACUUAACCAAGAUUUCUGGGGCGUAUCUAGCAAACAUGGCCAUGGUCGCACUUUCCAUGCAGGUCCCAGGCCUGUGCUGUGUGCCAGGGGUUAAUGAAGGAUCAACAGAUGCUCUAAAAAUGGGUAUGAGAUGGAUGGAGAGGCCAGGGAGAAAACAGGCUGUUUAUAACUGUGGUUUAUAACCCCCUGCAGCAGCUUCUACUGACAGUCGUAUAACACCGAGGGCUCUUAUCGGAAACGUCUAUUAAUCACUUAGGGACCUUUGUAAAUGGAGCUUUAAUAGAAAGUGUGAUUGAAAAAGAAACCGGCGGUCGCCCGGCGGGGUUAUUUAUGCCCUGCCUUUGCUGCCGGGGCCUCUCGUGGGCAGUAAAGCUGUCGGGAGCUGCAGGGCCCUUUGCAGUGUUUCCCCCCGGUACGUUUUCACCUCCGGUUGGGGCUUGGGGCUGGGGGAAGCGAGGGAGAUUUCCAAAACCAGGUAGUUUAUGACCUAGGGGUCAGCUCUGCCUUCCGGCUGCCCGCGAGCUGUGCACUUGCGCACCAGAGUCAUGCCUCGUGCAGGAGGCUCUGGCAGGCCCGGCAGGGCAGGGACGUGCCGUGAUCUUGUUAGGAGCUGCCUAGGAGGUGGAGGAGGCUGGCGAUCAAUCCUCGACCCCCCACACGACUCGGCCCUCCCCUCCGGGGCGCUGGCUCCAAGCCGGGUAGAAGUGGCCCAAGGGGACGCUUGAAUUUGCGGAGCGGCGAAACGUGUCUGUCUGCUGGUGCACGAGGCGGCCGCGCUCUCGGCUCCUCUGGGCCGCGGGGCUUGUGUUCAUGGCAAAAAUACUGUGUGCGUCACGACAGGCAUGAUCUCGGUGAAGGUGAAAGCACGGCGUGGGGAAGGGACCUUAGCUAAACCUGUCACGGGCUGGGCCAGGUGGUAAAUCUUCACCGUGGGGGCAUCUACAGGGCAAACUGCAGCCAGGGGCAGAGGCAUGGGGGCAGGAGCCAGCAGGGUGCCGGCCACGUCGGCUGCUCGACGGCCUGCGGUCAGCAGUGCAGCCGGGCCCCGUGCUUUCCCCUCGGGGGCUCGCUGCGGAGACCACCGCGUUACGAGCAGCGAGGGGCAGCCUGGCUCCCUGCCUAGGCUGCAGCUCCGCCUGCCGACCCCACCGCGUGCCACCCCCCGGGCUGCAAGGCUGGUUGAGCUGGCAUGGUGCAGCAAAGCAGUUCUCCUGGGGCCUUGCAUUUAGCUAGCCCUGAUGGGCCGGGGGGUGGGAGGGACGUGACCUUGGCCUGGCUUCUCCCCGCUGCAUUGCAAGAGCCGGGUGCUGCUCUCCCAGGCAGAGGUGCCUGAGGGCAGGGAUGCUGGUGAGACCACGCAGGAGCCAGGCACACAAGGCUCCAGGUGCCAGGCUCGCGGCCCUCCAGCUCUGUUCCCAGGGACCUUGGCCCGCAGCGUCGUGGGGGAGAGGGGCUGGGGCCCUCCAGGCCCCGAGAAGAGGGGACGCUGGGGCUGGAAGGUGUCUGCGCGGCCCCAGGUCUGGCUGCAUGCGUGGACCCGGGGGCGCAGCAGCUCUGGGGGCUCCGGCAUUGGGCAGGGGCUGCCGCAGCUGGUACCCGCAGGGCUGGAGGUUGCAGGGCACGGCCUGGCUCUGAUGGUGCUGCGUGAUGCUCGCGCUUGGCUGCUUUCCCCGGCCCCUGCUGGGCUCUCUGCAGAGGUUGCCCCCGGGCUCCCCAUCCCUAUGGGCCUGCCCUGCAGACGGGCACCUGCCCGCGGCUCCGCGCCCACCCCCGGCACCCGGAGCUCUGCACAGACAUGUCCAUCCUGACCCACCUGCCUGCCCGGGCGGCUUCCCCGUUGCUUCCAGAGGAUGAGAAGACCCCGGGCUACUGGAACCGGCGAGCCCAGAGGACGCUGGAGGCAGCCUUGGCCCUGACGCCCGUGACGCACCGCGCCAAGAACAUCAUCCUCUUCAUGGGCGACGGGAUGGGCAUCUCCACCGUCACGGCCGCUCGCAUCUACAAGGGGCAGCUGGAGGGCGGGCCCGGCGAGGACAGCUUGCUAGCCAUGGAGACCUUCCCCUACCUGGCUCUCUCCAAGACAUACUCCGUCGACCGGCAGGUGCCCGACAGCGCCAGCACGGGCACUGCCUACCUGUGCGGGGUGAAGGCCAACGCCAAGACCCUGGGGGUGAGUGCCGCGGCCCAACACGGCAAGUGCGGCACCACCUUCGGCAACGAGGUGGACUCCGUGCUGCACCGGGCCAGGCGAGCGGGCAAAUCCGUGGGCAUUGUGACUAGCACCCGUGUGCAACACGCCUCGCCCGCGGCUGCCUACGCCCACACGGUCAGCCGGACGUGGUACAGCGAUGCCAGCCUGCCCAAGGAGGCCGCGCGGCAGGGCUGCCGGGACAUUGCUUACCAGCUGGUACACAACACGGACAUCAAUGUGAUUCUCGGUGGUGGGCGGACGUACAUGAUGCCCAGGGGGACGCCGGACCCUGAGUACCCGCAGGACCCGAAGCAGAACGGGGCGAGGAAGGACGGGGUCCACCUGAUCCAGACGUGGCUCAGCACCAGGAAGGGGGCCAGGUACGUCUGGGAUAAGAAGGGCCUGGACUCGGUUGAUGAGACGUCCACCGACUACCUCAUGGGCCUCUUUGAGCCCAAGGACAUGAAGUACGAGCUGAACCGCAACACGUCCACGGACCCCUCCCUCGUGGAGAUGACGGAGAAGGCCGUCCGCAUCCUGCGCCGCAACCCCCGCGGCUUCUUCCUCUUCGUGGAAGGAGGCAAGAUCGACCACGGGCACCACAGCGGCAAGGCCAAGAAGGCCCUGACCGAAGCCAUCAUACUGGACCAGGCGGUGGCCAAGGCCGUGGAGCUGACUGAUGCCGCCGAGACCCUCACCGUGGUGACAGCUGACCACUCGCACGUCUUCAGCUUUGGUGGCAACACGCCGCGUGGCAGCAGGAUGCUGGGACUGGUGCCCAAGAAGGCCAGGGACAAGCGGCCGUACACCAGCAUCCUGUAUGGCAACGGGCCCGGUUAUGCCAUCAAGAACGGGAGUCGCCCUGACAUCAGCCUCACGGCCAUCGAGGACAAAGACUACCGGCAGCAGGCAGCCGUGCCCCUGGACACCGAGACCCACGCCGGCGAGGACGUGGCCGUCAUGGCCAAGGGCCCCAUGGCCCAUCUCUUCCACGGGGUGCAGGAGCAGAACUACAUCGCCCAUGCCAUGGCCUAUGCGGCAUGCCUCGAGCCCUACCACACCGGCCCCGAGUGCCAGGCGCCCAGCGGGAGAUCCGGCAGCCCGGGUCUCUCCCCCUUCCUCCCGCCCGGCCUCCUCGCCCUGGCCGCAGCCUCCCGCCUGCUGGGGGUCUGAGGGCAGGUCCCACCGGGACCCCCGGGACUGGACCCCGGGUGGGACCAAGUGUCUUCAGGCCCUGCCGUGUAUAUAACUUUGUAAUAAAGCCCUGCUGCCCC